AGCUUGCUCUCAGUUUGUUCUGACCUGCAGAGAUGAAAGCUGCAGAUAUGGAAGGCUUCCUGGUGCUGCCGUGGCCCAGCGGCGGUGGCGGCAGCUCGGACCCAGGCAUGGAAGAAGAGGGCUGGGAGCACCUGAUGCUGAGCUGUGGAUCUCUGUUGGGAGUCAUGCUGAUCUGCUUGGUGCUGUUGAGGAAGUGGAUUGCAGGUGGAGUUUGUCAUUGUUCGGUUCAGCUGGAUGGGAAAACAGUUCUGAUCACCGGAGCAAAUGGCGGCAUUGGCAAAGAGACCAGCAAGGAUCUGGCACGCCGAGGAGCCCGGGUGGUAAUGGCGUGCAGAGACCUGACUCGGGCAGAGCGGGCGGCCGAGGAGAUCCGGCGGUCGACAGGAAACAGUAACAUUGUGAUCAGACACCUGGACCUCGCGUCCACCCACUCCAUCAGACAAUUCUCCAAAGACUUCCUGGACAGUGAAGAAAGGCUGGACAUUCUCAUCAACAACGCAGGAGUAAUGAUGUGUCCAAAAUGGCUGACAGAGGAUGGCUUUGAGACUCAGAUGGCGGUCAAUCAUUUGGGUCAUUUCCUGCUCACCAAUCUGCUGCUGCCAAAGUUGAAGAGCUCUGCCCCCAGUCGUGUGGUCAAUGUGUCAUCCAUUGCCCACAAUGGAGGUCAUAUUGACUUUGAUGAUUUGUUCUUCAGCCAAAGGCCAUACAGCUCUCUGGAGAGCUACAAACAGAGCAAACUGGCCAACAUCCUGUUCUCCAGAGAGCUCGCCCGACGACUCUCAGGCUUUGGUGUGUCGUCGUUCUCUCUCCACCCAGGUAUUAUCCGGACCGAGUUGGGUCGUCAUGUGGAGGAUUGGUCACCCCUGCUGGGAUUUCUGCUAAAGCUCCCAUGCUUGGUAUUCAUGAAGACUCCAUGGGAGGGCUGCCAGACCACUUUGUACUGCGCUCUGACGCCGGGCCUGGAGGAAUUGUCUGGACAGUACUUCAGCGACUGUGCAGAGAAAGAACCUGCUCCAGAGGGACAGGAUGAUGUGGUUGCAGGGAAGCUGUGGGAGGUGAGCGCUCGACUGGUUGGACUGAAGGACACAUCCUGACCUUUGACAUCACAGGAAGUGAUGGAAGUGCAGACUGGAGCAACCCCUAUUAGACCUGAAACAAAAAGAGACUUACCUUUUGCUAAGAUACAGUUUGAAAGUGAAGCUUUGUGUUGCUAUGUUGGAUCGGGUCCAGAUGUGUGCUUAGCUUUCAGAGUCCAGAUGCUGAAUGUUCUCUGAAUGUUCACCAAAGGUUCCCCCUAUAUUCCUGGAACAUUCCCUGAAUGUUUCCUCAGUGUUCCCUGACGGUUUCCAGAACAUUCCCUGAAUGUUUCCUCAUUGUUCUCUGAAUGUUUCCUCAAUUUUCCCACUCUUUAAGUUCCCUUGAUGUUUUUCUGAUGUUCCCUGCAUUGUUCCAUGAUCAUAUCCUUCAUGAUUCCUCCACGUUCCUUUUUUUUCUCUUUUCUUUUCUGUCUCCAUGAUGUCUUGAUGUUCUCAUUGACCUCCUCUGUCCUCCACUUGACUGGUUGAUGUUUGGUGAUAUUUGUUGCCCUGGUUGUGGUUUUAUUAAAGGCAGCUUAGUAUUUUAUACUCAGGAGACUCUCUGUGUUAAAUAGAUUUAAAAAUAACAAUAAAUCCAAAAUGAAGCUGAUUUGUCCUUUUGCAGCUUUUUGAAUUUCUCCUAAAAGGACUGUAUUGAGCAUGCUCUCUGGAUGGAGAUUGGAAACAUUUUCAGAGCAACAUUAUUUUCAAUAAAUAAGGCCUCAUGUUUU